GCCCAAUCAAGAAUAAUGAACAUAAGUGAACUAACUAAACGAGCUCAGGAAAUCCAGCCAGACAGCAACCCACGUGACCGACCGCGCAAAUCAGCAGCUGAAGGUUGGAAAUCAUCCCCGUCCGUCCAUUCGGACCUCGGCGCGCCUCGUUUUUCUUUUCUCGCGUCCUGCUCUCUUCAAGGAUUCUGCUUUCUCAGCUUCAACCGAUAGACAAACACUCGUUUUGCUGGAAUUGCAGACAGACACGAAACGAAACGAAGACUGGAGAAUAUCGACUCCAACUCAGCCACAGACCCUGAGUGGCAGUGGCAGUGGCAGUUCAGCCCUGCAGAGGAGAAAAUGGGGCCAAAAAUGCACAACAUGGAAUCCCUGUCUCCGCAGCGCAGAGAAACAGUCGCUGUGAUCGGGUCUGGCAUGGCGGGCCUUGUUACGGCGCAUUUGCUUGUUUGUGAUAAGGAGAAGGGGAGGGGGAGGUUUGAAGUUGAGGUUUUGGAGAUGCAAGAGAAGCUCUCGCUCGACUCGGCGAGUUACACGCUUCCAUCUUCAUCUGCAUCGGAGGCAAAAGACGAAAAGAGUGGCAGGGAAGGACAACGAGUCGACCUGCCCAUGCGCGCAUUCGCCGCGGGGUAUUACGACAACCUCCGCAAGAUGUACGAGUAUCUGGGCGUGCGCUUUGCAGAGCCGAAGUUUGUUUAUAGCUUGUCGACGCUGUCUGGCGAUAGCAAUGGCGACGACGAUGGCGAUAGUGAUAGCGAUAAUAUAUCGACUUCGCUGUGCAAGAAACCGAACGACGGAAUCUACUUCAUCCACUCCUCAAACAACCACAUCCUUCCCCCGAUCCGACCCAGCGGGAUCAGCGCCGCGAAGUGGGUGGUCGAGAUUGCGUACCUCCUCUUUUGGUAUAUCUGGUUCACGGCCGCUUGCUUUCUAGUCGAGCCCAAGGCAUCUAGAUCAGGGUUGAAGAAGAGCGGCGAAACACUAGGCGCGUAUCUGGCUCGCGUAAACAUACCAACCUACUACACCUGGCGGUACCUCCUCCCUCUCAUGUCCAGCAUAACAACGUGCACGCACCACGAACUGUUGAACUUCCCCGCUAGUGAUAUCGUCGGCUACGCACGGCAGACGCACCGCAAGCCGCAUUACACGGUCACAGGAGGCGUCCAGGCCGCAGAGGCGAAACUCUCCAGCGGUCUGAGCGUGAAGUUUAAUACCAGAGUUACGAACGUGGAGAGCAUUGACGGUGCAAAGGUGCGUGUUUCGUGGAUUACGCAGGGGGAGGCAGCUUCGAAGAUCUACGACCGCGCAAUCAUCGCCGUGACGCCGGACGUCGUAGGGAAGAUCUUCGCCCCGCUCAGGGACGCAAUGAGCGCUAUUCCCACGACGACGGUACAGACAGUUGUGCAUCGCGAUUUCGCGCGCGUGGAGAGAUACAGUGCGUAUCUGCGUGAUGACCCGCGACUCCAGAAACGGGAGUUUAAAUCGGUUCUUGAUUCGUCGUCGGUGGAUUUGGCUAGGCCGCCUCUUACGGCGAUGCAUAUGGUUACGGAUCUUGACAGUUCCAGGACGGAGUCGAUACAUGAACACCCCGCGCGGGUCCUGGUGACGACGUAUGCGCUGGAAGGCGGGAUUGAUGAGUCCAAGAUCCUGCAUCGGGUGGACUUUACGCGUGUGCUGCGGACGGCGCGGAGCCAGGCUGUUGUGAAUUCGAUAUUCAGCACUGAACCUGCCGAUCAUUCACCAGUGGACGAGAAGAAGAAAGCGUGGAAGAGCGGCGACGGGAAUGUAUUUAUCGUUGGAGGCUGGUGCUGGGAUGGAAUGGUGCUGUUGGAAGGGUGUAUUGUCUCGGCGAUGCGGGUUGCGGAUGCCCUGGGAGUUGAUGUUCCGUGGGAUAGAUAGAUUUGAGAGUCUGUUUGGGUUGGACGAUGCAUUAUGACUAUAUGACUGGCAUGUUAGCGAUAGAUCUGAAUAUCUUGGUUCAUGACAACUAAUUCUGUUUAUAUUGUUGGCUAGCAAGCCCUAUUGAGUUAUAUUUGUAUACCCAGGGAUAAACUAAUAAUUCACUGCUCGUAUAUGACCAUCCGGAGAUUUUC